GUCAGGGCAGGGGCCGCCAUUUUGGGUGGCGGGGCUGGGCGCGGAGCGCGGCGCCGCGCCGGGGGGGAGCGAGGGCGGCCCCCAUGGCCGGGCAGUUCGACUCCGAGGACCGGGCGAGCUGGUACUGGGGGCGGCUGAGCCGGGCCGAGGCGGUGUCGCUGCUGCAGGGGCAGCGCCACGGGACCUUCCUGGUGCGGGACUCGGGCACCAUCCCCGGCGACUUCGUGCUCUCGGUGUCCGAGAGCUCCCGCGUCUCGCACUACAUCGUCAACAGCCUGGGGCCGGCGGGAGGCCGGCGGGCCGGCGGCGAGGGCCCCGGGGCCCCGGGGUUGAGUCCCACCAGGUUUCGAAUAGGUGACCAAGAGUUUGAUUCUUUGCCAGCUUUACUGGAAUUCUACAAAAUACACUAUUUGGACACUACAACCUUGAUAGAACCAGUUUCCCGAUCCAGGCAGAAUAGUGGCAUUAUCCUCAAGCAGGAGGAAGUUGAAUAUGUGCGAGCUCUCUUUGACUUUAAUGGAAAUGAUGAAGAAGAUCUUCCAUUUAAGAAAGGAGACAUACUGAAAAUCCGGGAUAAACCUGAAGAGCAAUGGUGGAAUGCAGAAGACAUGGGAGGAAAGCGGGGAAUGAUACCUGUUCCUUACGUCGAGAAGUAUAGACCCUCCUCUGCUUCAGUAUCUGCUCUGAUUGGAGGUAACCAGGAUAGUUCCCACCCACAACCACUGGGUGGGCCGGAGCCAGGGCCCUAUGCCCAGCCCAGCAUCAACACUCCGCUCCCUAACCUUCAGAAUGGCCCUAUUUAUGCCCGGGUUAUCCAGAAGCGAGUCCCUAAUGCCUACGACAAGACAGCCUUGGCUUUGGAGCAGACCUCUGCCAUUUUGACCUCACCAAAGAGGAGUACUUGGAAUAAAACCACAGCAUACAGAAGUCUUCACAUGAACCGUCAGUUUUUCUUUGAAGCAUAUGGGAUAUAUUUAGUCGGUGAGCUGGUAAAGGUCACAAAGAUUAACGUGAGUGGUCAGUGGGAAGGAGAGUGUAACGGCAGACGCGGUCACUUUCCGUUCACACAUGUCCGCCUGCUGGAUCAACAGAAUCCUGAUGAGGACUUCAGCUGAGUGUGGCUCAACAGUUGCGCUUACAGAUGGGAACAAUCUCAACUUGUUUUUAUUGCAGAUGCCAUCAAGACUAUGUUCCGACAGAUGUUGAAAGCGGUAUUGCUUGUAUAAGCAUUCUGACAACCUGCAAACCCCUGGGACUGAACACCACCAUUCCUUAAUCAAGGGUCAUGUAAUUCAGGGUACGACAGUAGAUAACUUGUGUGUCAAGUGGCAGAACUAGUACAUGAUUAUAGGUUGUAAUGCCUGCUUAUGUCCAUGUGCACAGCAGACUGGACCUUGCCAGCAGCAGCAGCUGGAGAAAGCCGUAACAUAGAUGUUACGGUAACGUUCGUAGCUCUCUCCGGACCCAUUGCUUAUGUUGCUUCUUCCUCAGGCGAUGAACAUCAACCUUAGACAAUUCAAUAUAUAGAUAGAAAUUUCACAAACUUAUCCUGGAGCUUUCUCCGUGUAUUGUUUUUCCAUCCUGGUUCUCUGUCCUGGAAAGGCUGUACAGUACUUUGCAUGGUCAGUUAACUGUGCACAGUGCAGAUUUAGGUAGGGCCCACUGGGGACAGCCGUGUGACUUACGGAUGCUUACCAUUUUAAUGGCAAAUGACAGAUCAAAUCAACCUCGGAAUUCUAGAAGUUUGGGGACACUAGACUGAUUUCUUCAGUACUGUUGAUGCUUCAAACAUAGCAGCUGAUUUUAAAUUAAGAUUUCUAUUAACACACCAGUAUCUCUCUUUAUCCACAAAUAUAAGACUUAUGGAAGUGUAAACAUCCAUAUCAGUGCUGAAAAAUACGUGCAUAGCACUUUAAUGCAUAGCUUUAAAGCAGUGUUGAAUUCACUAAAUAUACUAAAAUAUUGACACUGCUUUCCAAUAAAGUUAAAUUAUAUAGGGCCCGUUUAAUUUUUCUAGAAUUCUUCAAUACUCCUAUUGUAUAAUACUGUUACAGUACAAAUCAGUGUCAAACAUGGUGAACUGACAAACCAAAUACUACUUUUAUUUUAAAGUUACUCUGGGGACUCUUCUGGUUUAAUUCCCAUCUGUAAAAUAUUUGAUAGUGAAUUCAUGAGGAUUUUAUUUUAAUAAACUAAUAGAAAAUACUUGUGUGCUUCUGGACUGAUUCUCAAAAGGCAUAGUAAGAGUAAAUAUGGCUUCAUAGCUCAUAAUGCAAAUCAGUGCAUUGAAUAGGUGGUAUUAAGCACUGCUUGAUUUGUCUUUUUUUUUUAGCCUGUUCUUCUAAUUAUCUGGUUUUCUCUAACAUAAAUCAGAAUGGAUUCAGUAAGUUUUGUAAACUGAAAUUAAACACUGAAGUAACUAUCCCUUGCCUGCACCCUGGAUUGUUCUCCAAAUGCAGCACUCUAGUGACCAGCCGGAAGCAAACGGAUGUUGUAACUUUGACUACAGUGUAAUCCAUACAGAGCAGUUCUAACUAGUAUCAGCCGAAAACGUUACCCGGGAUGAUGCAAGCGGCGUGACUAGAACGGCUGAGGGGUUGGAAUGCUGCGGGGGCUAGCUCCCACGGCCAAGGCUAUUGCUGCAGGCACCGACCCGUUCAACAGAAUACUGGUAACGCUUUACCUCAGAACUGUGUAACACGCUGGAAACGAUAAUAUUUCUGUGAUAUUUAAGUACUAGUUGUUUUACUUCGAAACUAACCCCUCAGCAAGUCUGGCUAAUUUCCAGAUAACGGGCAGUCGUUAAUUCUGAAGGCUAACGCCAAUGUACUACACCUUUCCAUCGCCAACCUCGUGAGCACUACUGCAGGUGGUCAGAAAGCUGACAGUUGUGACAGUGGUGUUAGAAGAAUGGUAGCAAAGGGAUUGCAGUACCUAGCUUGGAUUGCUCUUCUGGUUAGGGUGAUACGCCAGUGAUUGUGGCAUCUCUUCUAGCUUAGUACAAAAUCUGCUUUGAGGAACAAAAUUGAGAAACUAACUCUAGGUUCUGAAACACGUUGGUUUCUUUACGGCUAAUCUGUAUUUCUCCUCUGACCUUGAUAUUUACUAUGAUUUUUUUCAAUAGCUGCACUCUAAAUAACAGACGUAAUACGGUGUUUAUCAGUUGCCCAUAUAUGCUUAUGUUUUUCUUCAGGUAAUGCAAAAGAAACAAUGAACCGUGUAAGCAAACAGUCUUAGAGUAACACAGUUUGUUCUGAAGUAUUUUUUCCAAUUGUAAUUAAUGAAAGCCCUGAUGUUUGUACCUUUCCAAUCAGCAAUUAUUUUAAGAUACCAAAAGAACUUUUAUCUGAAAGGAAUUUUUAAUGCAAAUCUCUCCUUUUUAAUAUGAAAGACACAAACUGAAUUAACUAGAAAAUACCCUGAAAACUUCGUGUUUUUGUUAAGACUGUAUAAAUUGCGACUAUUUGUACACUUUGUAAGAGUAAAAAAAAAAAAAACCUAGAGGAGUCUUAAUAGCUGCUGUUGCACUAGAACCCUAAGUUCUCGUCAAGCGGUUUUUCCUAGUCAACUGAUACAUUAAUGCAACUGUUUUCCACUAUUCAGUUCUAAACAAAAUGUGAUUUUUGUUCCAUAGGUGAUAGAAAUGAGUAUGUUUGCAUUUGGACGAAAUAGACAUUUCAACUUACCAAGCUCUUAAAGGAAAAUAGGUAGAACAUAUGUUCAUGAACAUGUAGAUUAAAUCCUUUUGUGGCUUUUGUUUACCACCUUCUAUUUGUUCCCUCCCUCUCCCCAGUGCGUGCAAAAAAAUCACUGCUAAGAAUGUUGGUCACAAUCUUUUGUCUCUACUUGGCUGUGGUUUUGGUCUCUUGUGCAUAGGCAGGUGUUAGAACUAGAAUAAUCAUUUCUAGAAAUACACCAUGAAAGCAGAAUGCUCAAUUACACUGUGUUCUUCUGGUGCAUUUACACAUUAUAUCACACUAAAAAGUACAACUGGCUGCUAUGGUUUUUUAAUAUAUAUUUCAUUUUGGUAAACCCCAGCCUUUUUACUAAUAUUUGACCUGGUUAAAUCUUGUUAAUCUGUUUGAAUUGUAUUUGUUAAUAAUGCAAAUAUUUCUAAUCAUCUUAAAACACUCAUUUUUGUUAAUGGUUUUGGGGAAGGAUUCUAACCAAACCAGUUUGAAGAAAAAUAUGAACAUGUGCCAUUGUAUUAUAACACUAUCCACUUUCUUGACAGUUAAAGUCUUUUUUAUUUUUUUUUGUAGCAUGUAAUGUAUAUGUUCAUAGUAUGUGAAGUAAAUAAAAGUAUAGCCAAAACUUUGA